UUGUCAUGGAACGUUGGCAAAAUCGGGUGGCUGUGGUGACUGGUGCCAGUUCAGGGAUUGGAGCAGAGCUAGCCCGUCGCCUGGUCUCCGCCGGUGUGAUAGUGGUGGCUCUGGCCCGUCGUCUCGAUCGUCUGGAGCAACUGCGCCGGGAACUCCCGGAGGAACAGCAAUCGCAGCUUCAUAUUUAUCAGUGUGAUGUCACCGAUAUCGAAGCAGUUAAUGCCACCUUUGAGGCAAUAAUCGAAGAGCUGGGAGGCAUUGAUAUACUUGUGAAUAAUGCUGGAAAGCUAUCCGGUGGCCAAUUGCUGACCCUGUCGCUGGACACGGUCCAGCAGGUGCUCCAGACGAAUGUGAUGGGUGUGGUUAGUUGCACACAGCGGGCAUUCGCCUCGAUGCGGCAACGGCAGGUCACAGGUCAUGUGGUGCUUAUCAAUAGCAUUGUGGGACAUUAUCUAUUUAAUCCGUUGCCUGGAAGUCAGCAGGAAUUGAAUAUAUAUCCUGCCACCAAGCAUGCGGUGACCGCACUCACUGAACUAUUCCGCCAGGAGAUGAGGGACUUUAAGACCCAAGUUAAGGUCACGAGCAUUAGUCCUGGAUUGGUGGACACGGAGAUAGUGCCACAGGCUUACAAAUCGCUGCCCAUGCUUAGGGCCGAGGAUGUGGCCAAUGCCAUAAUGUAUGUUUUGGCCACUCCAGAGCAUGUCCAGGUGCAUGAGCUGACCAUAAAGCCCAUGGGGGAACCCUUCUAGGGCUAGGACACUGACCAGGACCACUGUAAUCCAUUUGAAUAUUUAAAUAUCGAAAGCACUGGUUUCUAAAUAAUUUGUGAAGUAAUCAAGGCACUGCUAUACAUUCAUGGUUAUAAAUACAAAUAUAUAUACAUAUAUUUUAUAUAAUAAAAUGUAUCUAUGCUACAUAUUAUACAUAUUUUAUAC